GCUUCCUUUUGCUUAGCAAAUCUGCUGAUUGCUGUUUGUGUAUAUUAGCGAUAAAACAACUUUAUUCUACAAAUCUUCCUGAUGUUCGUGUGAUUUCAAACUUGUUUUCCUUCAUUCGCAUUUGCGUUAAAUAUUUGCGUUUGUAAUAGAUAAUUUUGUAAAAAUGAAACUUUCAAAUUUAAUAUUGAAUAGCAAGCGUCACAAAUUACAAAUGGGUACUUGUUUUCAACAACUAUUAAUUUAUUUUAAUUCCUUGUCAUUGCAUUCACCUUAAAUGACCCUUUUUUCGCUUGAAUUCAAUAUUCACUUUUUGGAAUUGAUCAACGAUUUAAUAUUUUUAAAUAGGACAUGUCGAUGCAAUUUCUAUGCAAUUAAAUGAGCUGCAACUAAGUACACGUGAACUUUCCUUUGACAUUGAGUUAAACGAAAGUUCUUUAGUGCGUAGUAAGAGUUGAAUGAUUUAUUUCCUGUUUGUUAACCAAAUACUUUGUUGACUUUAAGAAGUUUUUAAUCGAUUAAAUUAAUUAUGAAGAUCAUUCUUCGAACAGUAAUCAUAAAAAUAUUUCAUUCAAGCAUCAAUUAUUACAAGAUAUGUAAAAUCUUCUCGAAAUAUCCGCAUUUCCUUUGUAAUUUCCAUGACGUCAUCAUCAAAAACAUCAGACUUCUGAUGAACUUCCAAGCAAGUGGUGUGACAGAAAAAUAAAAUUUAAGACGUGCUUAUACACUCAUAAAUUAAACCUCAUUCAUCUUCCAUUUCAUUCUCUCCUACGAUCACGAGAUAAGAAAACAAUAAACACGAAUGAAAGAAAAAGACAGAAAAAUAUAAAAAACAAAAACAAAUCCAUCGCCAUAAGGUCGCAUACAGCUUUAUAAAAAUUUACAAUUCAGUUUAAGUUGAAAAGCCGGCGUUAUAAGACGUGUAAACUAUAAUACAGCAGAGCUCGAAAAAACUUAUUUUUGUUUUGCAAAAAAGAAAAAAGAAAUUAAAAACUUUAAAAAGAAUAAGAAGAUAGUUCAUUGAAAUAUUGGGCAAUAAAUAAUUUGAGUAAAAAGCCUAAGUCGAGCCUCUCGAAGUGAGGUUGAGACACAGUUAAUGAGAGUAAACGAAUUCGAUUCGUUUUCGCAAUUUAUUGCAUUAAACUGAGACGAACCUUGGAUUGAAAAAAAUAUAAAAAAGCUACAAGACUAUAAGUUAAUACUAGUGAAAGUGAAUUUUGUCUUUAAAAGAUAAAUAUCAAAAUCAUCAAAUAAAAUUAAAUUUUUGAAGUAGAAGAAGCUGAAAGAAAAAUCUGUUGUGCUUUUAAGGAAAUCAUAAAAUUUAUAAGCUUCGUUGAAAAUUAAAUUCUAUUAAAAACAGAACCAGGAAGAUAAAAAUAUGUUAAGCAUAGCAAAUAAAGUGUUUCGAGACUUCAAAGAAUUCUACAAUGAAAUCAACGCAGCGACAUUGACUGGUGCGAUUGACGUGAUUGCUGUUGAACAACCGGAUGGAACGUAUCAUUGUUCACCAUUUCAUGUGCGAUUUGGAAAGCUUGGUGUGCUCAGAAGUCGCGAAAAGAUCGUUGACAUUGAAAUCAAUGGCGAGCCAGUAGACAUUCAUAUGAAGCUUGGCGAAUCAGGUGAAGCAUUUUUUGUCGAAGAAUGUUCAGAAGGCGAUGAAGAGUUACCGCAUCACAUGGCGACGUCACCAAUUCCAUCGAAUGAACUCACAAACUACGAAGACACAAUCAGCGCUUCAAAUGCCAACAAUAAUGAGCUGAAGAUUCCAUUACCGCGUCGAAAUUCAGUUGAUCUCGGCUCAAAAGACAUUUCUGAGACAGAAACAACCAAUAAAUUUGAGAACCAAACGUCAGAUUUUACUCUCCGUCGUCAUACAGAUAAUGAUUUGGUUCGCCGUGAUUUGAUCUCGAAUAAAAUUGAAUUUACGACACAAAAACUUCGACAAGAAUUUCCCGAAGAACAAGAUCAACUUUACGAUGAGAUUAAAGAAAAGUUCAAUUUACGUCGAAUGGAUGAAAGUCAUCAAUUCCGUCCAAUAACGGAAGAUGGACAGAAUGACAGUGAUAAGAGUUCAGGUGGAGUAGCUGAACUCGAGAUUGAAGGAGUUCUUAAAAGUGAUCAAAAAGAAAAGUCUGAUGAUUGUAAAAAUCUAGUCAAAGAUGAUAAUAAGUCAUCAGCUUCACAACAAUCGAAGAAGAAGCGACGAAAGAAGUCUAUGAUUAAGAAGAAGAACAGUCAACGUAAGAACAGUUCAAGCAGCUCAGCAGGAAGUGUCAAUUCAGACAUUGCAAACGAAACUGAAGUGAUUGAAAAUAAUUCUGGAAUUGAUUCUCAAGAUCCAUCACCAAACACCGAAAAUGAUAUUGUCAAAGAUUUAUCAAGAGAUGAUGAGGUUGUAACAUCGGAAAGAGAUCGAAGAGAUCAUGACAUUCAUUUCUUCAGUGAUGGUGAACUUGGAUCUGGAAUUUCACCACAACAAAGUCGACCAUCAACGCCAAUCCAAUCAGACACAGAAUUCGAAGUGUCGCAACGUGAAAAGAGUGAAAAUGCAAUGAAAAGUUCAGCAAGUUGGAAAUGGGGCGAUCCAGUUGUGACAACUUCCGAUGAUCGUUCAAACAAUGCCAACAAUUUAGAUUCCAAUAAGCGCAACUCGAUGUUAAGUGGCAUGUUAAGCUUCAUGAAGCAGAAGCGAAAGAGCAUUCCCGAUGGUCUUUACCUCUCUGAUCUCGAUCCAGAAACAAUGGAUCCGGAAGUAGCCGCUCUCUACUUUCCACAAUCAAAUGACACAAACGAUACCAAAGAAACAAAAUCACGUGAUGAUGAUCGCGAAAGUGGAAAUGGAACAAGUUUACCACAAAGUCCAACAACAUCGAUGGAAUUGAUAAAAUGUGAAGAUAUCGACGAUGAUGAGAAACAACAAGCUGACACGUCAUUGAACUUUGUUUCAUUAUCACUUUGUGGUGGAAUGGAAAAAGGAGGGCCAAGUGAUGAAGAAUUCGAGUCGAAUAUUGUUCAGUAUUCGGAUAUUUGUCACAAUCCAGCUUUAUUUUCAUCGCCUAAUCUUGUCGUUCGUCUUAAUAAUAAAUAUUACAGCUGGAUGACUGCUUGUCCCGUUGUCAUGACACUUCUGGCUUAUCAGAAGCCACUUCCAAAUGAUAUUUGUGAGAAACUCUUGUUGCACGAUCUACCAAAGCCGAAAUCAAAAGACGAUUCACAACAGCAACAACAAACGCAAGCUGAAAGUCGUCGCAGUUGGUUUUCAUGGCGACGUUCUGGUGGUGGAUCAGUUCAAGAUUCCAACAAGAAAACUGAUCUAGUUGAUGGCGUUGCGACGCAAACAUCGCCAAUGUCUUCACCACAAAAGACGAUUAAAGAGAAUCAAUAUGGAAAUGGUUCGGUGAGUUCGGAAGAUUCUUUUCAACAGAAGAAUUUGGACGGUGGCGAAGACAACUUGAAUACUGAAAAGUUCAGAAAAACUCUUCGUCUUAGCUCGCAACAAAUUGAAAAAUUGAAUUUGAAGAGUGGAAUGAAUGAAGUUGAGUUCAGUGUGACGACAGCUUAUCAAGGAACAUCACGAUGCAAAUGUUAUUUAUUCAAAUGGAAACACAGUGACAAAGUUGUCAUUUCUGAUAUCGAUGGAACGAUCACAAAGUCAGAUGUUUUAGGUCACAUCUUACCAAUGGUUGGUAAAGAUUGGGCACAAAUUGGCGUCGCUCAACUCUUCUCGAAAAUCGAAGAAAAUGGAUAUAAAAUGCUUUACUUAUCAGCAAGAGCAAUUGGACAGUCGAGAGCUACACGAGAAUAUUUAAGAUCAAUCCGACAAGGCGAUGUUCAACUUCCUGAUGGUCCAUUACUUCUUAAUCCAACAUCGUUGAUUUCUGCUUUUCAUCGUGAGGUCAUUGAACGAAAACCUGAACAAUUCAAAAUUGAAUGUUUAAGUGACAUUAAAAGUUUGUUUACGGAUAAGAAUCCGUUCUAUGCUGGAUAUGGAAAUCGAAUUAAUGAUGUUUGGGCAUAUCGCGCUGUGGGAAUUCCAAUCAUGCGCAUUUAUACUAUAAAUCCACGUGGUGAAUUGAAACACGAAUUAACUCAAACAUUCCAAUCAACAUAUUGUUCUAUGACGUACAUUGUUGAUCAACUAUUCCCACCUAUCAAGUUAACUGAUGAUGAUGAUUGUAUUGAAUACACUUCAUUCAACUACUGGCGUGAUCCGGUGUGCGAUGUUGAUUUCGAUGUUUCUGGUUCUUCGACGCCUGAAAAUUCUAAUGCAUCUUUACAAGCUAUUCAAUCGAAGCCACUUGCAACGAUUCCGGAAAACUGAUUAAAAGCGUCUGUCGUUUAGACGAUAACUGCUUUUUAACUUACACAACGUGCUUUUUCGUGAUGAAGCGCAUUUAAAUAUCUUAUUUCAUAAACAAAAAUAUUCCUUGCUUUAAACAUUUAUAAAAAUUGUCAUUAAACAACUACUGAAAAACAUAAAUUUUUAAGAAGAAAUAUUAAACGAAUUUAGAUUUUCAUUAAUUAAGAUUGUAUGAAUUAUGUGUCUUCAUCAACAUGGCUGGAAUUCACUGAAGGUUGUCAUGAAAUUGAUUUCCAACAGUUGAAGAAAUGGUUCAAGAUUUUCAUUUCAAAUCUUUUAAAGCUAUGAUUGUUUAAUUAAUUAGAAUUAUUAUACUUAAAAAACUAUGAAAGAGAAGGUUGAAUAACAAUUUAGCAUAGCUGAGUUAAUUAGUUCAAUUUAUAUUUUAAAAUUUCUUCUUUAUUUUUGUGAUAUUUCAAUGCAAACAUUCACUGAGAAAUUAAAUGGUUCAAUUUAAGUUUAAGUUUAUAUUUUUUUUUGCUUGAACGAAAAGUGUCACCAAUGCAGAGUUUAAAUUUUAUAGUAAUUGAGUUAGUUGGUAUUAAAUAAGAAUUAUGCUUGAAUAACACGAUUGCGUGGGUGGAAAUAUCAACUGAAAAUGUGCUUGAAUAUCUGAGAUAGAACUCGAUUUUUAGAUUCUGCUGUAAUGCUAAACCCGAUAAAAAACAAAAGCUUCGUUUUGAUAAAUUUGUGCUGCUAAUAAAAGUUGAAUACUUGCACAACAUGCAUAAUUUA